UUCUGAAAUCUCCGUCUCCCAUUCAACUGAAUUUUGAAACGGUGAAAGGAAUUAGGGCAAAGGACAUGGAGGAGGGAGAAGAGCAGAACAGAACAACUAACCCUAAGAAGGUGGUGAUUCAAAUACCAUCCUACCAAGAAGUAAUGCAGAGCUCACAGCCAAAGUCGCAAUCUUUAUUUAAGCCAUCACAGACUUUCUCUCAAGCAUUCUCUUUUAUCAAGAACUCUGAAUUCUACACUCCUCCUCCACCUCCUCCUUCCUCCUCUACCUCUCAAUCUGUGCCCGUCUCGGAUGAUGCAAGUGUGCCUUCUCCGUCUCCAUCGCCUGCUGUUGCUUCUUCUUCUCUGCAGAAUGGCCAGAGUCGCAAUGCAAUUCUUGUUAGCCACAGGCAGAAGGGAAAUCCGUUGCUUAAACAUAUCAGAAAUGUAAGAUGGGCUUUUGCAGAUGUGGUUUGUGACUACUUGCUUGGCCAGAAUUCUUGUGCCCUCUAUCUAAGUCUUCGGUAUCAUUUACUGCAUCCUGACUAUCUGUAUUAUCGAAUAAGGGAACUGCAAAAGAACUACAAGCUUCGCAUUGUUCUGUGUCAUGUCGAUGUGGAGGAUGUGGUUAAGCCUUUACUUGAAGUCACUAAAACAGCUCUACUUCAUGAUUGUACACUGCUAUGUGCCUGGAGCUUGGAGGAAUGUGGCCGCUAUUUGGAGACUAUCAAAAUGUAUGAAAACAAGCCUGCAGAUCUUAUUCAGGGCCAAAUGGAUACAGACUAUUUAUCACGGUUAACCCAUGCUCUCACAACUGUUCGACAUGUUAACAAGACUGACGUAGUCACGCUUGGGUCUACCUUCGGGUCUCUUUCCAAUAUCAUGGAUGCAUCCAUGGAAGAUCUAGCUCGUUGCCCUGGCAUAGGAGAGCGCAAGGUAAAACGCUUGUAUGACACUUUUCAUGAACCAUUCAAGCGUGUUGUUUCCAGCCAUCCUGUUGUUCCAGAAACAUCGCCAAAAGACAAUGAACCUUCCUCAGUGAAUGAAGUUACGGAUGUGGAGAAGGAAGGUGAAGACGUAAGCAAACGUAGGAAGAAAGAGCCUGAACUAACAGUCAAAUCAGCCCUGUCUACUGCAUUUGCAAAAUAUGCUGAUAAAUUUGGUAAAAAGAAUGAUAAAUCAUUCGAAGAGAAAGCAGGAGAAACAAGUGUUACUGUGGAAUCAGGAGCUAGCAAGGGGGACUCUGGUGACAUGACUGCGAGUUGAUCCUCUUUUUCCAGCGUUGAUCUAUUCUCAGUUGUGAAUUGUGAGACAGAAAUGUCUCUGAUAUUCUGUUCUCGUCAUGUCAGGGGCAGUUGUGGUACUAGUGGUAUACUAGAUUUCUUCUUCCACAACUUUGUAUUAGUACAUCAGAAGGCUAAAAUGGAUUUUUUAGGCCAAAAUGUAAAUUUAUUUUUACAUAUGUUGAUUGGAAAUACAGUGAUUCUCUAUUCAUCAUUAUCAUAAACAAUUGUAUUAAGCAGUAUUAAGGUAUUCACUUAAUAUUGCUCUUUGAAUGGUACACAAAUAAUUGGAGAGGUUCUUAUAUAA